AUGGCCCCCGUUUCCAACAAGUGCUUCGUCUUCAAGCAGGUCCCCAAGGGCCUGCCCGUCCCGGGCCAGGACCUCACCGUCGAGGACCGCCCCAUCGACCUCGACCAGCCCCUCAACGGCGGCAUCCUGAUCAAGGUCCUCUACUCCUCCUUCGACCCCUACAUGCGCGGCCGCAUGCGCCCCGCCGAGGCCGGCAAGUCCUACAUUCCCCCCUUUGAGCAGGGCGCCACCAUCGUCUCCUCCAUCGUCGCAAAGGUCGAGCGCUCCGACACCCCGCAGUUCGCCGCCGGCGACCUCGUCACCUCCUUCAUGGGCCCCAACGCCGAGUACGCCGUCAUCCCCGCCAAGUUCACCCAGGGCUUCUUCAAGGUUCCCAACACCCACAACGUCGACCUCCCGCUCUUCGUCGGCGCCCUCGGCAUGCCUGGCAUGACCGCCUACGAGGGUCUCUACGACAUCGGCAAGCCCCAGAAGGGCGAGACCAUCUUCGUGUCUUCCGCCGCUGGCGCCGUCGGCCAGAUUGUCGGACAGCUGGCCAAGGCUGAGGGUGUCAAGGUCAUUGGCUCCGUCGGUUCUGACGAGAAGCUCGACUUCAUCAUCAACGAGUUGGGCUUCGAUGGCGGCUUCAACUACAAGAAGGAGUCUCCCCGCGACGCCCUGAAGCGUCUCGCGCCCCAAGGUAUUGACAUGUACUUUGAGAACGUCGGUGGUGACCACCUCGAGGCUGCCCUCGAGUCCUUCAACCCCAAGGGCCGCAUCAUCGGCUGCGGUAUGAUCUCCGACUACAACACCCCUCUCGAGCAGCAGAAGGGUGUCCGUGGACUCUUCCACCUCGUCGCCAAGAAGCUCUCUUUCCAGGGCUUCCUUGUCGACCUGUCCCCCGCCAAGUACAAGCCCUUCCAGGAGAAGGUGCAGCCUCUUAUUGCCAAGGGUGACUUGAAGGUCAAGGUUCACGUCACGGAGAGCAUUGAUCAGGCUGCGGAGGGUUUCGUCGGUAUGCUUACGGGACAGAACUUCGGCAAGGCUGUCUUGAAGAUUGCGCAGGAGUAA